AUGAUCCCCACGGCACAGGAAAUUCCCACGACGAAGCGCCCCGACCGCAGAGAUCUCCCCGACAACCCCAUCGCCACCGGCAUCGGCACCGACAUUCUCGGCGGCCUCCGCACCAAGGGCCAUUACAUCCCGCUCGACGAGCAGUCCUCCGACAGCGUCUGGGGCAUCGUCCAUCUGUAUCGCGAUGUCCACGAGACUCCUUACUUAGUCAAGGAGGACUAUCCCCCGGAGUUGAAGGGCUCCGCGGCCGCCGCGGCGCGUCAGUCCUACGAUGAUUUGGGGAGUGCGUCGUCGACGCCGCCACGGGAGGUGGUCCAUCCAGACGAUGACUGCACAACGCUAUGUAUUCUGGCUGUGCCGUCGUAUAUGUCGCCGAGCGACUUUUUGGGGUUUGUCGGCGAGGGGACCAGAGAUGACGUGAGCCAUUUUCGCAUGAUCCGGACCGCGCGCGCCAAUCGAUACAUGGUUUUGAUGAAGUUUCGCAGCGGAAAGAAGGCGCGCGAGUGGCAGAAGGAGUGGAAUGGGAAGGUGUUUAACAGCAUGGAGCCUGAAACGUGUCACGUCGUCUUUGUGAAGACAGUCGAAAUACAAGCCGUCGAUCCCGAGUCGCAGCCUCCCGCGACAACGGCCACCACUUCUGGCCAACCCAUACCGUCCGCGACGCUUUCCACCCGGCCGCUGGCGCCACGCACCCCGGCGCUCAUCGAGCUGCCCACGUGUCCCGUGUGCCUGGAGCGCAUGGACGAGACGACAGGGCUGCUGACGAUCAUCUGCCAGCACGUCUUCCACUGCACGUGUCUGCAGAAGUGGAAAGGCAGCGGGUGUCCGGUGUGCCGGUACACGCAGGACGACCUGCGCAAGACGAGCCAGAGCGCGGGGCCGUCCGGUGACGACGCGGAGCAGCCGCCCGCCGAAUGCAACGUGUGCCACUCGGACGUCAACCUGUGGGUGUGUCUGAUCUGCGGGCACGUCGGCUGCGGGCGGUACGAUGGGGCGCACGCAUUCGCGCACUACAAGGACACGGCGCACGCGUUCGCGAUGGACCUCGCCUCGCAGCGCGUGUGGGACUACGUCGGCGAUGCCUACGUGCACCGCAUCAUCCAGAGCAAAUCCGACGGCAAGCUGGUCGAGCUGCCGGCCGCCGACCACAGCGCGCUCGACCCGCCCGACUGGUCCGACGCCGUGCCCCGCGAGAAGCUCGAGAAUAUCAGCGUCGAGUACACGCACCUGCUGACCAGCCAGUUGGAGAGCCAGCGCGCGUACUUUGAGGAGGUGGUCGAGCGCGCCGUCGACAAGGCGUCGCAGGCGAGCGCCGCGGCGGCGGCGGCGCAAGAGGCGGCCGAGCGGGCGGACGAGUCUCUGCGCGCGCUGCAGACGCAGUACGACCGGCUCGUCGGCGAGACCGUGCCGGGUCUCGAGCGCGACAAGCUCCGCGCGGAGAAGCGCGCAGACAAAGCUGAGAGCAUGGCGCGCAAGCUGGAGAAGGAGUGGCGCGAGGAAAAAACCAUGAACGAGAGCCUGAUGAAGCGCAUUGAGCAUCUAUCCAGCGAGGUCGAGACGCUGCGCGUCGCCAACGCCGACCUGACGGAGCAGAACCGCGAUCUGACCUUCUUCAUCAGCGGGUCAGAGCGGCUGAAGGGACAGAGCGAGGACAUCGUCCAGGGGACGGUCAGCGUGCCGGAGCCGUCGACCAAGAAGGGGAAGAAGAAGCGGCGGUAG